AUGCCCCUCUUCCUCCUCAUCGUCGCCUCUCUCGUCAUCCUAUUCCCUUUGUACCUGAUAUACAGGCCGCCGUACCUACUCAUCUGCUACUUCCAGCGCCAAUGGCCCGACGUCCUAUGGCACGUCCCGCUCCCACCCACCAGGAAGCUGAUGGCCCUGACCAUCGACGACAGCCCGUCAGAAUAUACCGAUAAAAUCCUGGAAAUCAUGAAAUCCAACGGUGCAACGGCCACAUUCUUCAUAAUCGGUGAUCAGAUCGUCUCGCAAGAGCACGAAGAGACCCUACAAGACCUCGUGCGCAAUGACAAUGAGCUCGCGAACCACGCCCUGCACGACGAGCCUUCUCGGUCGCUAAGCGAUGAUGAGCUCGCUGCGCAGAUAAAAACCGUCAAUGCACGGAUCCAGGAGAUCUACACAUCCGCUCAAGGGCGAAACAGGGGCAUAAUACCGCGACGGCCUCCGAAUUACUUCCGACCCGGUUCGGGGUUUUUCAGUUCAAACAUGCGCCGGGUCGUGGCUGGUUUGGAUCAUCGGCUUGUCCUGGGGGACGUGUACCCGCAUGAUCCUGUGGUGCCUUUUUGGUGGGUUAAUGCAAGACAUAUUCUGAGUAUGUUGCGGCCCGGCGGGAUUAUAGUCUGUCAUGAUCGGAGGAAGUGGACUGUUCCUAUGUUAAGAUACCUGUUGCCGGAGAUGGCGAGAAGGGGGUAUAGGGUUGUCACUGUGUCCGAAUUGUUGAAGGAGGCCUAA